AUGGCGACGACCACGAUGCUGCCGCUCCCGCGCGGCGCGCACGCCGCGGACCCGCUGUGGGCGCAGGCAGCCGAGCUGGAGCGGCAGUUCGAAGGCUACAAGCGCCGCCUCGCCGAGCGGAGGGACGCCGCCGCAGCCGCAGCCGCGGCCGUGUCCGACCGCCGCCGUCCCGACGACGGCAGCCACGGCGCGGGGGAGAAGGAGGAGGAGGAGGACGAGGAGGAGGAGGUGGGGAGGGGGAGGAGGUACGAGGCGUACGUGCGGCGGCGGGACGAGAAGCUGCGCCAGGGCUGGCUCGCGCGCAUGGAGCGCAAGGAGGCCGAGGUGAAGGCGCUCUGGGCGCGCCUCGACGGCGGCCGCCACCGCCCGGGCGACGGGCUCGCCGCCGCCGCCAGCCCCGCCAGAGAGCAAAAGCCCCGGAGCAUCGAGAAGCCAGCCUCCCCUGCCACGCCAAAAUGCAUCCCUGCCAUGAAGCUCCCACGUCUCAGGAGCGCCACGGCAUCGCCGUCACCGGCGGCGGCAAGCCCGAGGCUACCCUCCAGCCGCCGAGCGUCCCACCCGGAGCCACCCACCACUCCCCGGAAGGAGAACAGGAUGCCACCGCCGUCCACCGCCGCGACGCCGAGGCCGCUCAAGACGCUGUCGCGGACCAGGAGCUCGCUCAAGGACAGCAGCAAGGAGGAGCGCGGCAGCGUCUCCUCCUCGUCCUCAUCCUCCGUAAAGGGGGAGAGCCCGCGGCCGCCGCGCUUCCAGCCCCCGCGGGCCAGCUACGACGGCGGCGCGGGUGGUGUGAAGGUGAAGCAGGCCGCGGCUCCGGCGCCGAGAAGCGACGCCGAUGCCGCCAUCGCCGCGGCGCGGAGCCGGUUCCACGAGCAGGUCGUUCUUGCAGAGAUCAAGACGGCGGCCGCCGUUUCUCCCGGGCCUCACCGCACCAGGAGAUCGGGCAACGGCGUCGCGCGCGCGUCGUCGCCGUCGGUGGCUCUUGGCCGCGGACAGGUCGAUUUCUUGACCAGGCUAGGAAACAGCGACCGCAACGAUGUUCAAAGCUCCGAACACUCAGACGCCAAAGCGAAGAACUCCAACAAGAAGGCGGAUGGCAAUGGCGACGGCGAGGUCGCACGAUCUGGUGACAAGCUUGGCGACGCGGAGAUCACCGGUGACUCCGACACCGAGCCGAGUUACGUGUACGUCAAGAGAGACCACGAACAGGUUGGGGACGAGGAAGCCGCUGAGGUCUUCGAGGACACCAUGGCAUCAUCACCAUCAUCGGAGACCAUGGCAUCAUCGCCAUCAUCAGAGACAAUGGCAGCAGCAUCUGACGCGACUGGCACGAGCGUCAAGGAGAGCUCCGGGUCGCUGUAUUCGAACGUGCAGUCGUCGUUCUCCCAUGGAUCGGAGCUGGACGCCUCAGCCGCCGGCUCUCCGCUCCGCACCCCGCCGCCUUCCGGCGGAGCUCUGUCCACCGAGGAGCUGCUGGAGGCAGACGCGGCGAUGCUGAGGAUGAAACGGGAGGAGGCGGAUGUGGUGGAGGAGGCCGAGCAUCAGAGCAUAGUGUUCCUGCCGAGCACCUGCUGCGCCUCGAGGAGCGGAGCCGUCCCCGUCGCCGGGAUGCCACAGUCGCCGAUGGACGCCGUGGCUGGGCUCAAGAGGUUCCUCACCUUUGGCAAGAAGAACUGCAACGGCCCUGACGGUCCCGCCGCCGCCGCCGCCGUCGUCAUCGAGCGCGGGGCGCCUCCAGCAGCUGACGGCCCCGCGAGCCAAGGACCGGCGCAAGGUGAUCCGAUCAACAAGCCGAGAGCGUGCUGGUCGGAUGCUGCCUCCGACGAUCUUGACAGCAGCCAUGUCGUCUCUCCCCACGUUCGGUCCCUGCAGAGCUUCGUGCCGCUGUCUCCUGCAAGGUCUCAGCUCAAGGAGAUGGCCCUGCCUGCAAAAUCUCCAAGAGUACCCCGAUCGUUCUUCUCGUUCUCGUCGUUCAAAAACAGAGGGAACUGA